AUGGAAGCAGUCGAUCCAGCUACAGAGGCGGUUCUUGAAUACGCCAAGAAAGCCUUGCGAAAGUCAUACGAGAAAGGGAAGCUGCUUUAUAGCCAAGCAGCAGCUGCAAGCCUUCCAUCUUCCAGAAAGAAAUUCGACAAGCUUCCAAAGAUCGUAACGAGCGUCAAUCGACAGGCUGAGGACUCAGGCGUCACGCGUGCUAGCAAGCAUGACCAGCCAUCACCGGCUUCGGCCUCGAAACAAAGCCCCUCUGUGCCGUCCUCAAUCUCGACUCCUGGGCCGAAGUCGAGGAAUGCCGCAACACAAACACCAGAGCACAUCAGCACACGAGUGACUCAUUCCGGAGGUACUCUUGAGAGUUCGCCCCGGCGUGCAUUAUCUAUGUCUCUUAUGGACCCAGCAACAACGAUGCCCAAAGUCCCUCUAUUGGCUUCAACUCCACACAAAGGCGAGCCGUCACCCAGGUCUGCACAAUCAUCCCGCAGUCACGAAACAUUGCAACAGUCCCAAAUCGCAGCAGACGCGUCUCCCUGGCUUCGCAGUCUCCUGGAGCAAUUGAGCCCUUAUCCCUCGGUUACUCAAACCCCUCCCGGGCAACAAGGGGGGAACUCUGCACAAACUCCGACUCACAGCUACAAUGCUUCGACGAUCUCACCGUAUUAUCCACCAAGACCGCAGCAACAGGAAAAGCAGAGCUUCCGGCAUGAUCCGGCGCAGAGUGCCUCGGCAAGCCUCGCCAUGGUAGAACCAUUACCUCGAAGGUCGAGCGUCACAGUGAUAGUGGGACCGCUCUCAACUCGGUUCCAAAGGCAGAGCCAAGUCUUCAAGAUGGGAGACAUAAAGGCGAACCAGGCCUUCGUGGUGCUCAGUCUAGCCUUGGAGCUCAUGGAACAGGUCGUGAACGACCCACUGCUCAAGUCUUCGUGGACGGAAUUUGAGAUGAUGGUGAUCAAUCAGCUGGGUGAUAUGGAUGGACUGUGGAAGUGA